UACCUAGGACUGGUUCAAUUUCUUCCUCCAUUCUACAGCUAUAUGUUGUAUUCCGCAAUGUUACAUCUUACGGUAAACUCGAGCAUAUCAUGGAUGAUUUCCAUGAUUUAUCGAUAUCUGGUCCUUCGAUACGUCAAGGUCGGCACCAAAGUUGUCGUUCUAAUGUGCAUUGCUGGCUAUGCGGUGCCCUUUUCGAUGCUGGUACGUCUCACUGGUGUUAUUUUAUUUCUUUAUUUACGCACAAAAUUGCUUCUUUGCACACUCACUGCUUUCUAUAAGUCUUCCACUUAA